AUGGAUAGCGCUAUCAAGACUGUUGUGCGCUUAUCCCACAACAGGCGUGCAUGCCAGCGUGUCGAUUUGUGCGUGUGUGCGGAAGAGGGCGGAAGAGAGGAAGAAGAAGAAGAAGAAGAAGAAGAAGAAGAAGAAGAAGAAGAAGAAGAAGAAGAAGAAGAAGAAGAAGAAGCAGAAAAUGAAAAAGAGGACAGAUGCAAAAAGGGGAGAUGUGACGAUGGUACAGAGAAAAAAGCAUUUUUUUAA